AACACUUUUCCGACAGACGCCAUAUCCAUGUCUGUAUGCGGCAAGAAAAUUCUUUUUCUGGACUAAAAAUAUCAAGGAAUUCUAAAUCAGAAGACGCAAAUAGUAGAGAAUAACACCGCAAUCCCGGAGAACUCCUCAAAAUGGCACUGCAGACGUACGGCGAUAAGCCGGUGGCCUUCCAGUUGGAGGAGGGCGGCGAGUACUACUACGUGGGCUCCGAGGUGGGAAAUUACAUGAGACACUUCCGCGGCAUCCUCUAUAAGAAGUACCCAGGAAUGACGCGAAUCGUGCUUUCGAACGAGGAACGUAAACGGCUGGCCGACUCCGGCUUAAGCUCCCACAUCCUGGCCAGUUCGGUGUCUCUGCUUCGCGCCGUGGAAGUCGACGACAUAAUGGCCGGUAACGAUGAAAAGUACCGAGCCGUCUCAGUCAACACAUCUGAUACUCCUGUUCCGAGGGAGAGCAAGUCAAAGAAGCAGCCGCAAUAUGUCCCGACGAUGCCCAAUUCGAGUCAUUUGGAUGCAGUUCCUCAGGCAACGCCAAUUAACCGGAACCGGGUACACACGAAAAAGGUGCGAACGUUCCCAAUGUGCUUCGACGACACUGAUCCGACGGCUAGCCUAGAGAAUGCCGCGCAAAAGGAGUGUCUAGUUCCCAUCAGAUUGGACAUGGAGCUGGAGGGACAGAAGCUGCGCGAUACCUUCACCUGGAACAAGAACGAGAGCAUGAUCACACCAGAGCAGUUCGCAGAGGUGCUGUGCGACGAUCUGGACCUUAAUCCGCUGCCUUUUGUGCCAGCCAUUGCACAGGCCAUUCGCCAGCAGAUCGAGGCCUUCCCGAAUGAUCCGCCCAUUCUCGAGGAGAGUUGCGAUCAACGGGUAAUCGUUAAGCUGAACAUUCACGUCGGCAACACUUCGCUCGUUGAUCAGGUCGAGUGGGACAUGUCCGAGAAGAACAACAACCCCGAGGAGUUUGCGAUUAAGCUGUGUGCCGAACUUGGAUUGGGUGGAGAGUUCGUGACAGCGAUUGCGUACAGCAUUCGUGGCCAACUCUCUUGGCACUGUCGGACGUAUGCGUUUAGUGAGGCACCCUUGUCCACUAUCGAUGUACCAUUCCGUAAUCCCAGCGAUGCCGAUGCGUGGGCUCCCUUCCUAGAGACGCUAACCGAUGCUGAAAUGGAGAAAAAGAUCCGCGACCAGGACCGAAAUACCCGAAGGAUGCGACGACUGGCCAAUACCACAACUGGUUGGUGAUCAUAGGGCGAUUGAAGCUCAACAUUGUAAUUUUAGUAAUCCUCCUAAGUAUCAUUAUUCAUCUCAAAUACAUGUGUGUGUGUCGAUUUUAAA